ACAGCACUGAAAAAUUCAUUGAUGGGGAUAAUUUGACGAAAAAUAUUAUUAAUCAUGUAUCACGAUUAAACAAAUUUAUAUUUAAUAUUCGAUCAGUUAUAUAUGCUCUUUAUGAAUCUUGUUUACCAUUAAAAGAACAAAUUCAGCAAACAUUUAUAAAUUUCAUAAAUAAACCAAUUAUUACUUGCGUUGAUUAUUUUCCAAGCAUCAAAAAAGGUCACUGUCAUAUGUAUUCAUAUCCAUAUACAAUGACGUAUUAUAUACACAUAACAAAUAAUUUUCCAGGUGGAUUGUUUAAAUGUGUUCGCGAAAUAACAUUAUUUGAUGAACGUCCUUUUGAACAUCAAUUUUUCAUUCGAAUUGCUCAAGCUUUUCCAUAUCUUAAAAUAUUAUCUGUAAAUAAUUGGACAGCUCAAAAAUAUAAACAGUGUCGAAAAUCAAACGACGAUAAUCAAGAUUCCUCAAUCGCUAACUAUCCUCAUCUUAUUCAACUUUCACUUUUAUAUGUUCACGUUGAUUAUGUCGAACAAUUUCUCGAUAAUACAAAAACGUUUAUAUCGAACAACAUCUCAUUUUCUGUCAAUUAUUCUGUUCUACGACAAGCAACACAUAAUUUCACACGAAAUGAAAUGCGAAUCAAUUGUUCUAAAUUGAGUGAUAUACAUAUUUUUGAGAAAUUUUAUUAUUCUGAACAUUUCAAAGCCUAUUUUCCGAAUAUAAAAACAUUAUGA